UUGAAAUCUGCUGGAGCAAAUAGCAGCUUUUGAAACUACUGCGCUCUAGAGCUUGCAAGCUGCCGGAUGACUCGUCUGUUCACUGCAGCUUGUUGCACACUUCACAAGGCUUCAUAGCCUGCAUGGUUGUUUCUGUAUGUUUUUCUAGCCCUGUUCAACGUCACUGCAGUUGAGAUUUGCUAAUAACACAACUGACUUGGAUUUCUUGCAAAGCUACUUUGGGGGAAGAUUUGUGGAGGGAGAAGGCUGUUGAAAUCAAAGCUGCAAUCAAAUUAAAAAUGGCAGAUGACAUUAGUUUUCAAGAACCGGACAGUGAUGGGACAGAAAACAGUGAAGAAAUGGAGAUUGUUGUUAAUGUUGGCGGAGUGAGGCAGGUGCUGUAUGGAGACCAUCUAAACCAGUACCCAGACACGAGACUAGCAGAACUCAUGAACUGUUUGUCAGGGGGAUAUGACACUAUUUUCUCACUCUGUGAUGACUUUGAUCCUGGGAAGAGAGAAUUUUAUUUUGACAGAGAUCCGGACACUUUUAAAUGCAUCAUCGAUGUAUAUUACUUCGGGGAAGUUCACAUGAAGAAAGGCAUCUGUCCCAUUUGUUUCAAGAACGAAAUGGAAUUUUGGAAAGUGGAUCUUAAAUUCCUGGAUGACUGCUGCAAGACUCAUCUCAGCGAAAAAAAGGAAGAGCUCGAAGAAAUAGCCCGUAGGGUCCAGUUGAUCUUGGAUGAUUUGGGAAUGGACACCUCUGCAAACAGCUGGAAAAAGUGCAAAAAAUGCAUCUGGAAAUUCCUGGAAAAACCAGAAUCUUCUUACCCAGCUAGAGUCAUAGCGGUCAUGUCUUUUCUACUCAUUCUAAUUUCAUCGGUAGUGAUGUGCGUGGGAACCAUCCCAGACCUGCAAGUGGUGGACUCUGAUGGGAAAUUGGUGGAGCACCCGGCUCUGGAUAAGAUUGAGACAGCUUGCAUAGUCUGGUUUACCCUUGAGUAUGUCCUCAGACUUAUCUCUUCCCCUAAUAAAUUGCACUUUGCUCUUUCUUUCAUGAACAUCAUUGACAUUUUUGCCAUCUUUCCUUUCUACGUCAGCCUGAUUCUGACCCACUUGGGUGCCAGACUGAUGGAGUUAACUAACGUGCAGCAAGCCAUUCAAGCCCUCCGGAUCAUGAGGAUUGCGAGGAUUUUCAAACUGGCACGCCACUCCUCCGGUCUGCAGACUCUGACCUACGCUCUUAAGAGAAGCUUUAAGGAGCUGGGACUUCUGCUGAUGUACUUGGCUGUUGGGAUCUUUGUGUUUUCUGCCCUCGGUUAUACAGUGGAGCAAAGUCACCCCGACACAUUGUUUAAGAGCAUCCCUCAGUCCUUUUGGUGGGCGAUCAUAACGAUGACCACGGUGGGUUACGGGGACAUUUACCCAAAGACUACGCUGGGGAAGCUCAAUGCUGCCAUCAGUUUCCUCUGUGGGGUCAUAGCCAUUGCACUGCCAAUCCAUCCCAUCAUUAAUAACUUUGUCAGGUAUUAUAACAAGCAGAGAGUUUUAGAGACAGCUGCCAAGCAUGAACUGGAACUGAUGGAGCUAAGUGCAGGUGAAAAGAAAGGUGGAAGUCCCAAAGAUAAACCAGCAUAUCUUUGGGGGAAAGGAAACAAAGAUCCCAGAUGGAGCAACCGUCUCAAAUUCUCCUACAGUGACACCUUCAUUCAUCUCCUUUCAGAUGAUCACCACCACCGAACUAGGCUUCAGAGCUGUAAGUAGUCUGUGAAUUUGUCUCCAUUCAGCAGAAGCCUGGAAUAAGUAUGGCAAACUCACACUGAAAUAAUAUAAGGGACUCCUUUGAGGUCAGCCUGUCUUUUCCACAGAACUACACCAACCCACUCACACACAUCUCCAUCUCAGUUGGGUAAGCCAUGCUUUAUAUAAACCAUGAGAACACAAUGAAUGUAUGGCCAGAUAUAAUGAAUGCAUCCUGA